AUGGCUGAUCCGGACCGGCUCGCGGUGCAGCUGGCUGCCGCGGUGCUGCCGCCCGACACGGUGCUCGCGGCCCUCUUCUCGGCGUUUGGCUACUUGCCGCUCCUCCACGCCGCGGCGGCGGAGGUCGCCCACGAGGCUGGCGGCGACAAGGCGGGCGGGGCGUCUUUACUCGGGCACGCCCUCGGCGCGCUGCCCGCCGGGGCGGAGAGCGUCGCGGCGUGGGGGAGCGGCGGCAUCGCCUCGUGGGGCGCCGACGCCAAGCAGCGCAGCCACAUGCUCUGCGCCGCGCUGCGGCUGCUCCUGCAGCUGAUGGCGCACACGCUGCCGCCGCCGGGCGAGGCGCACGAGGCGGCGGCGAUGCGCGCGCUGCUCGCGCACCAGCUGCUGCUCGGCCCGUGCACCCACUCCGAGCUCGCCGCGUCGCUCCGCUCGAUCGACGACGAGGCACCGAGUCCGGAGGUGGUGCAGGCGGCCAUCGACGCGGCGUCGAGCGGGGCGGCGCGCCUGUACGCGCUGCGCGAAGGGCUCGAGGCGGACUACUACUCGCCCGUCUUCCCUCACCUGACGCACGCCCUCGAGCGGCUCGAGACGCUCGAGCAGGCGAGGCUGAGGCGCGGCGUCCCGCCAAGCAGCACACCGCCGCCGCCGACGCCGUGCCACCCGUCGUUUCGGCCCGUCCGUUUGCUGGCGCUCCACCCGCCCCUCCUCCGGCUGGUGCGGCUGCUGGCCGUCCACGCGCUUGGCCGGGCGGGAGUCGGCUCGGCAGGGGAGGCGGAUGCGAGGGACGCACUCGAGCACGGCCUCGGGAUCGUCGCAUUCGCCGUCGGCUUGCCGGAGGAGGACUGCGGCCGAGAGGGCGCCGCGGCGCUCUUUCGCGAGCUGCGCUGGCGUCCGGGCGAUCUUGCGGCGCCUGCUGCCCGGCGCGACCCGGAGAGCAAGCGCGACCUCGACAAGCAGCGCUGGCAGCGUGUGCAGCAAGCGGCCUCCCCGGAGCAGGGAGCGGGGGGCGACGGGGGCGACGCCGAGCAGGAGAAGCUGCGCCGACAGCGCCGGCGCGCGCAGGCGAGGCAAAAGGCGCUCGCGGCUCUGUCGAAGCAGGCGUCCUCCUUCGAGGCGACUCUGGCUGCGGAGCAGUCGGGCGGAGCGGGUGAGGCUGGCGCCUCUCUGGAGGAGGGCGACGCAGCCUCCCCGCAACGAGGAGCGCCUGGCUCUAGCCGAGGCGAGAUGGCCUCGAUCGAGGAGGAGGCAGAGUCUUGCAUCCUCUGCCACGGCGCAGACGGAGGCCCGGAGGCCGCCAUGGUCGGCCUGGCCUUUGCGCGCCCGUCCGUGGUGGGGCACGCGAGCUGCUGCCCCCCGGCCGACGGCACGCAGCGGCGCGACGACUGGUCGCUCCAGCGGUGCGGCCACGCGAUGCACUUCACCUGCUGGACGCACUACGCGGAGACCCGGAGCGCGAGCAGCCGCACCGGCCGGAAGGACGAGCUUGUCUGCCCGCUCUGCCGCGCCCUGUGCAACGUGGUCUUGCCGCUGCACAAGGGGCGGCGAGCCAGCGCGCCGGCCUCCGCAGCCGUGACGGCGACGCCGGCCGAAGCGAGCAGCGUCGACGGCGACUUGCGGCUCGUCGCGGAGCAGGUGCUCCCGCGGGCGCUGGACAGGCUCUCCGCGCCGGCGCCGCCGCUGCGCGAUCACACGCUGAGGGAGGUCGUUCCAGCGGCCGCGGGCGCUCAGCUCGAGUUUCUGCGGAGGGUGCACCUCGCGGGGCUGGUUGAGGUGGGGGAGCGCGAGGUCUCGGAGUGGCGCUCGUCCGGCAGCCCUUUGCCCGCGACGCUGCCGCUCUUCGUCCGGGCGUGGCGCGCGAUCGCGUGGUCCGCGUCGACCGUCGCCGUCGCCUCGGAGGCCGCGGCCGUCGCGAGGGGCGAGGCGGACUGGGACGAAACGGGCCGGAGGCUUGCGCGCGAGCUCUCGCCGGUGAGCGGCUUGCUGCUCUGCCCUGCGCUGCUCCAGUCGACCCUGAUCCGAGAGUACCAGCUGCUCCCAAAGCUCGAGGGGCUGCCGGGCCCGAAGUGGGAGCUGUUUGGCGCGGACGCGACGCAGCUCGUGGAGAGCCUCGCGGGCGGAGGCGGGCGCCUCAGCGACGAGCACGCGGAGCUCUUCGGCUUCAGAGACGACGAGCAGGUCGUGGCGGCGGGCGCUGGGCUGAUGCAGUGCGACUUGCACCAAGUCCUGGUCGUGCUCACGGCACUGCUGGCGCCCGACACGCCAGAGGAGGCCGCCGCGUUGACGCAGUUUGUGGGAGUUGCGGUUACCGCGCAGGCGCUUCUGCUCACAUGCCAGUCCACGGGGCUCAGCGGCACAGUCGCGGCGACCGCCGGCGAGCCGUCCCCGGUCGAUCGCCUGCGCGGCGAGAUGGCGGCCCGGUCCCACCUCUCUGUUGCGGCGGACGCGCCGGCGGGUGCCGCCUUGCUGGAGGUGGUGGAGCGCACCGUCUCGAGCUUCAACCGCUUCGCCGCGGCACUGCUGUCGGGCGUGUGGCAAGCACCACCCACUGGCCACGGCCGCUGGCGACUCGCUUCCGCGCGCGAGAUGCUCGCGUCGGCCAGCGCACUGCACCGCAUGCCCAAGGACUUCUACACUCUCUCGACGCUGCUGCACGCCAGGCCGUGCGCGCUGUGCGGCGAGCCGCCGACCGACACGGCGCUGUGCCUCGUGUGCGGCGACAUCCUCUGCGCGACUCCCUCGUGCCGCGGGGAGCCCGAGCAGGCCCUCCGGCAUGGCGAGAUGCCCUGCUCACGGCACGCGAACACGUGCGGGGCGGGCUGCGGCAUGUUCUACCUCCUCCACGAGGGGCGCGUCCUGCUGACCUACUCCUCGGGCGAGCUGCACGAGGGCAGGGCCAUCCCGCACUUCUACCCCUCCAUCUACUUGGACGCGCACGGAGAGGAGGACCACAAGCUGAGGCGAGGGAGGCCGCUUUUCCUCAGCGCCCAGCGGCAGGCCGACCUCCACCACUUGUGGCUCACCCACGCCAUCCCCAUCACCGUUGCUCGCGCUCUCGACCGCCGGCACGGUCCUUGA